AUAACUUCCUGUGUGGGAUGAGGUCGUAGCUGGGUGUUAGUCACACUAUGUUGAAAACGCAUCUUUAGACUUUAUUUUUGUUUGAACAAAUCUGUCUUUUUCUCUGCUCUGAACGUUUUUCUUCUCUCAAGCUUCCUGUCUGAGCGAAAAUGGUUUUCUACUUUACAAGCGCCGUCGUCUCACCGCCCUAUACCAUCUACAUGGGGAAAGAUAAAUAUGAAAAUGAGGAUCUCAUAAAAUAUGGCUGGCCUGAAGACAUUUGGUUUCAUGUGGACAAACUUUCCUCUGCCCAUGUAUACCUUAGAAUGCCCAAGGGGAAGACGAUAGAGGACAUACCAAAAGAGGUUUUGAUUGAUUGUGCCCAGCUAGUCAAGAACAACAGCAUUCAGGGGUGCAAAAUGAACAACAUAAAUGUUGUUUACACACCAUGGGGCAACCUGAAGAAAACUGGAGACAUGGAUGUUGGCCAGAUAGGCUUUCACCGUCAGAAAGAGGUGAAAACAGUGGCAGUAGAAAAGAAAGUCAAUGAAAUCAUCAAUCGAUUGGAGAAAACAAAGGAGGAACGAUAUCCGGAUCUUGCAGCUGAGAAAGAGUCACGAGACAGAGAGGAGAGGAAUGAGAAAAAAGCUCAGAUACAAGAAAUGAAAAAGAGGGAAAAGGAAGAAAUGAAGAGGAAAAAAGAGCUUGAAGAGUUAAGGAGUUACUCAUCCCUCAUGAAGAGUGACAACAUGACCACAAAUGAGGAUGGCAACGAUUCUGAUGACUUCAUGUAAAUGGACAAAGAGAGCUGCCAAGGAGAACUGACCUGUUUGCCCACAGUUACUACACAGUGAAUAUGCUCAGAGAAAUGCCAUCAUGUGCACUCCUGUUGGCUGUGAUGGAGGAACUUGCUGUACAUUUCAAAAAGAAUACGUGCCAAUAAAACACUGUGGCAGGACUAUAA